UCGGGAGAACAACACGGGCGCCAUCUUUCUUUCCCACCUGUGGACUGACGGAAACAUUUGUUAGUUACAGGAGCGCUGCUACACGACGUCCAGCAGCCAUGUCGUAUAACGGCUCGUGUGUACUGGGUCUGGGCUGGACGUUUAUCGUGCUGGGGUCCCUCAGCGUCAUCUUCGGGAUCGCAGCGGACGCAGCGUUCAUCCGAGACGGGUACUUCACCAUGCACCAAGUCAGCGCGCCGAUAUGGAGCGGGGUUCUCGUCAUCGUUACUGGCGUCAUUGGAGUGUUCAGUGGCAAAAACCCUACAAGCAAAGGCUGGAUGGCGGCGUUCUUACCGCUCAGUAUCUGCGUGAUCAUUGCGUGUCUGGUCUGCUGGGCCGUGGCGGCCUCUGGGAUAUCUGUGGAUGGAAUAUCCUGCAAUUACUCCUGCAGGUGCAGCGCCAUGCAGGCUCUCCACGGUGUGAACAUCCUCCUGGGGUUUACAGAGAUGGUUCUGGGAUUCGUCACCUCCAUCCUCUGCUGCGUCGGCAUGUGUUCAUCUAACGACGUCCAGCCGGGGACGGUGAUCUACCACCAUGCAGCUCCAAUGCAAGCGCCAGGGGGCGUGGUCAUCAUGCACAACACAACAGGCGGCUACCCCAUGCAUACAGCAGGCGUGACCUACGUUGGCGGCGGUCCACAGCCGGUUGUUAUGCAGCCUGUACACCCGGUAGCCCCACCUGCCUACACGUACGCCAGCGGACCGAUCAACCCUGCCGUGGUGGUCAACACACAGUCAACCAUCUGAAGCAGCAAAUAUACAGUCUGCUGAUGCGGCCUGUCGCAUCCAGAAUCGUGCCUAUCUAGUUCUAUGCCUGAAUGGGUUAGGGGUAGGAUCAGACACAUUUCGGAAUAGUCUCCGCGUACCCAAGAACGUAGAUUUGCCACAUACACGGUUCUUGAUACAACACAGCCUUUUGUAUGCAGAACCGUGCUUUUAAUACAGAACCGUGCUAAGCCAAGGUUCUGGAUAGUCCGCACGUACGCAAAACCGGGGCAAAUUUGCACUCUUGGAUACGAGGAGACUAUCCAGACUCGUACGCAACUGAUCCUAACCCAAACACGUUUUACUAAAAGCUAAUAGCUGAGAUCUGGAUAUGGUACAACACAUAUGUGCCUCAAGUUGAUUAGCAUGGAUUUGAAGUCGAUGUUUUGUUUAUUUGUUUAUUUUGAAUUUUACACAUGAUACAAUGGACACGGAGACAAAACAGGUGCCAUAGAGAUCGCAUUUACUUAAAGUUGUCUCCCAACUGUUGCACGGUGAACUGUGGUUCAAGCAAAGCUGCGCAUAUAUAUAUAUAUACAAGUAUUCUGCAUUAAUUAGUUCCCUUUGUGAUGUUGUACAUGUUGUUAUUUUUUUACUCAGAACUAGCCAACAUGUAUGUUCAAUGCUUACAAACUUGCAUAGCUCUCUUUGAGCUUUAAGAGUGUAACGUUAGUGUUACUCAAGUUUGUUGAUACUGAUUGUAUCCGAAUCCGCUGUCUUUGUGAAAAGUUGUGUUACUUGUCUACCUAUAAUACUUUCAAUUGUAGAAGUGACGAGGAUGCAGUGUUACUAACCGUUUGAAGUUUGAAAUAAUCGGUGUCUGUUAUGCUGUGCAUUGCCUGUAAUCAAGAAAGCCACAUUUAUAUGAAUAAUAUUGCCUAUCAAAAUUAUGUUUACCGUUGCACUGCUCUUUCUUCUUCCUCUUCUUCUUCCUCUUCCUCUUCUGUCACCAUGGUAACAUGUGCUGAUGUGCGUGUUUUUGGAAUGAUUAAAAUCAUCAGAGUGAAUACGCUUU